AUGGAUAAGGUUCGCAGUGUGCUGGCAACACAGUCACACGUUGUUCAUGGAUACGUUGGUAACAAAGCAGCAACUUUCCCUUUGCAAUGUUUGGGAUGGGAUGUAGACUGCUGUAACAGCGUGCAGUUCUCAAACCACACCGGCUAUGGUAUGGAUAAAGUUUUUGGAUCAGCCACAAGUGAAAACGAUCUUGAUGAAAUACUGAAGGGACUCAUGAAGAAUUUCCCAGCAGGCUAUGACGCUCUACUAUCCGGUUACUUACCUAAUGCUAUGUCUGUUCGUCGUGUUGGGGAGAACUAUAGUAGAUAUAAGAAAGAGAAUCCCGGUACAAUUUGGCUGCUCGAUCCAGUAAUGGGAGAUGAGGGCGAACUGUAUGUAAAUGAGGAUGUGGUUCCAGAGUACAAGAAACUAGCACUAAGUGAGGAUAACUUGGUUGAUAUUAUCACUCCAAACCAGUUUGAAAUGGAGAUACUAUAUGGCCAGCCCAUCAACUCACAAGAAGAGCUUCUCACUGCACUGCGAGAACUACAUAAAUACAUCCCAGUUAUUGUUGUAACAUCCUGCAAUUCUAAACUGUUCAACGAUGAUGAUUCAAUCUAUUGUGUAGCAUCAAUGAGGGAUUCAUCCGCAUACGCCUUCAGAAUUCCACUAAUAAAGUCAUACUUUACAGGUGUUGGCGACCUUUUUUCGGCACUAUUACUUGAUAGAGUGUAUAAACUACUUGACAACGAGGACUCCACAACAAACUUGACAUUAAAGGACCAAAUCAACAGCGUCCUUAACGUUAUACAAAACGUUCUAAAGGUCACAAAACAUAUGGCCCCAAAGAACAUAAACUCUAAGAUGGGCUCAUCCAUAGAUAUGAAAGAAAUGGAAUUACGCAUCAUUGCCUCUAGAGACCUCUAUGAUGGCAAUGCAUACUUCGAUGGUUCAAUCCACUACGAAAAAUCAGAUAUUGAUUACUCAUUUUUAACACUUAGACCCUAG